CAGCGACAACGUUGCAAGGAUAGCAACAUCGAGUCAAAAUUCACCACACCUAGAACGGGUACUCACGAACGACACACUAGAACGAAACUGAAAUAAACGCACCGAACGAACAGCAAUGACGCUCUAUUAUACCAUCUGCUUCUUGCUCCUCUCGGCCGAACUGGCGCUCUUCGGGGCUAUCGUCUGCCCCAUGCCGUUUGUCAUGAAGAAAAAGAUGAUGCAUUUCUUGAGCGAGAACCCUAUCGUCGCCAAGAUUCAAUACGGGUUAAAGAUCACCUUCAUCUUCGUAGCAGUCCUCUUCGUAGACGCCGUCCAACGUAUGAUCAAGGUCGCCCAAGAAGGACAGGUCGCGAAGGAGGAAAAGGGAGUGCAGGAUAUCAGGGCCGAGACGAACCAUCACGCGAGGAAGUUUUACGCGCAGAGGAACUUGUACUUGACCGGGGCCACCUUGUUCCUCGCCGUGCUCUUGACCCGCGUAUUCGCCAUCGUCCUGGACCUGAUCAACUCUCAAGAACAACUCAACCAGUUGAAGACCAACACUUCCAAGACGGCGGUAGCGGCCGGACCUAACAAGGCGUUGCAGACCGAAGUUGUUACCUUGAAGGAGCAGCUCGCUGCCAAGGACCGUGAUCUUGCCGCCCUGAAGAAGCAGGCCGGACAGAACGUCAGCGCUUUCAACGAGUUGGCCGAUUCGAAGCAACCUCAGUCCCUGGCCAAUAAGAAGGUCGCUUAAGCAGUCAGGAACACGGAGAUAAGUUCGAGCCCGACUAGAUCGCAAAUGAGAGGGAGGAGAAAACGAUGGUCAUACACGCGAUGACGAGAUUGAUAGACGCCGAGGAUGUAGAGUGUUUUUCGUUGGCUGCGUCUUGUUACCUCGAAUGAUAUACCUUCUGAUGAGGACAUGGAAUGAUAGGCUUUUGGAAUGCUCGAACGUAUCUUGG